UAAUAUUUUGGUUAUCUUGCCGUACUUUGAACCCGGGACAAAUAGGAAGAUACUCGUUAAUCCUUGUUCCGCAUAUCACGGUCAUAUUUACGCGAACCAGCUUAGAUAUCGACGGUUUCAAAGUGUAACAGUCUGCCGUCCCGGUGCGUGUAUUUUUUCUGUUUUUCAGUUACGUUUGGUUUCGAUUGAAAGCGUACGUUCCGCACAAUACGAUCUAUUGUUUGUCGUUGAUUUCGUUUACAUCACACAAACACACACACACACGUACGUGAAACUUAGCGGAAAAGAGAAAGGAUUACCAUAGCGCCACGAUGUCCGAAAACAAGAGUCCGAUCAAGUAUUUCCUGUCCGGUGGGUUUGGUGGCAUCUGUACCGUGCUGGCUGGCCAUCCGCUCGAUACGAUCAAGGUGCGUCUACAAACGAUGCCCUUACCCGCCGCAGGUCAGGCACCACUGUACGCCGGAACGCUGGACUGUGCCAAGAAAACGAUAGCGCGGGAAGGUUUCCGCGGGCUGUACAAAGGCAUGUCGGCACCGAUAACGGGCGUGGCACCGAUCUUUGCCGUCAGCUUCUUUGGAUUCGGUUUGGGCAAACGGUUGCAGCAGAAGACACCGGACGAGGAGCUGAACUACACGCAGCUCUUUGCGGCCGGUGCGUUUUCGGGCAUCUUCACGACCACCGUCAUGGCGCCGGGGGAACGGAUCAAGUGUUUGUUGCAGAUCCAGCAGGGUGGCAAUUCGCCACAGAAGUACAACGGCAUGGUGGACUGUGCGAAGCAGCUGUAUGCCGAGGGUGGCAUGCGUAGCAUCUACAAGGGUGCCUUUGCGACGUUGCUGCGCGAUGUGCCUGCGUCUGGCAUGUAUUUCCUCACGUACGAGUACAUCCAGCGUGUGUUGGCGGCAAAGGCGGGCGAAAAGAAGGACGCAUCGAUCGGACUGCUGGGAACGAUCUUUGCCGGUGGUAUGGCCGGUAUCGCGAACUGGGCAAUCGGAAUGCCGGCCGAUGUGCUAAAAUCCAGACUGCAGACGGCACCGGAGGGCACGUACCCGAACGGGAUUCGGGACGUAUUCCGGGAGCUGAUGCGCCGGGAAGGUCCGCUGGCCCUGUACAAGGGUGUCACGCCCGUAAUGCUGCGAGCAUUCCCGGCCAACGCGGCAUGCUUCAUCGGGGUGGAAGUAUUCAUGAAAUUCCUCAAUAUUGUCGCUCCGGGAUUGUAAUGGGGACGGAAAAAUGUGCAAUUCAGGGACAGGGUCUAGUUUGCUAGUGGUUUGUUUUGUUUUGUUUUUCACUUAUUUGUUAUCAAGCUUUGUAUUAUGACACUCCUUUCUAGAUAAUCGUGCAUUGACACCCCUCGAAGUUUUAUAGGAAAAAAAGUGUUUACAGAUACACGCACUGCCGGUCAGGGUUGCUAGGGAAACAAUCAAGCAGCAUGUUUUCUAUUAUUUUUGUAAUAAAAAAUUAUCAAGCUCUAUGCUCUCUUUUGUGCAACCAUUCACAA